AUGCUCAAGUUGCAGUUUAUUUGCUGCCAUUUGCAUUCUAACUUUUUCUGCAUCUUCUGUAGCCUCAGUGUGCCUGGGCUGAACGGCCCCAUGGCCCUGUACCGCAUCCGUCAGUACGAGGACAGUGAUUACGAGGCCGUGCGCACCAUGUUCGGAUGUGGGAUUAUGGAGCACGCUCCUGCUGGCUACAUCCACAUGCUGAAGCAUCCCCAGGCCCAACUGCACUUCCUGGGCCUGUUCCUGGCGGUGCUCGCGGCCUCCGGGUCCCUCCUGGUCUCCCUCCUGGCUCUCCUGCUCGCUCUCACUGGGGCCUGGUUUUGCAUCCGGUGUCUCUGGAACGAUUACGCCCAGCAGUUUCUUUGCAACGACCUACUGGACAUCCGGAGAAUCUACCUGGAGGCAGCAGACUCUUGUCUCUGGGUGGCAGAGGCUGAGGGGGCAGUGGUGGGCAUGGUGGGGGCCGUCCUACCAGACGACCCCUCGGAAAGGGGGCACGCCCUGGAACUGAAGCGCAUGUCCGUGGGGAGGGAGUACCGGGGCCGGGGCAUCGCCAGGGCGCUCUGCAGGACGGUCAUCCGCUUCGCCCAGGAACAUGGGUACAGUGCCGUUGUGCUGUCCACCUCCAUGGUUCAGUACUCGGCCCAGCGGCUGUACGAGAGCAUGGGCUUCCGGAGGGUCUUGGUGAGGUCCCCAUCGCUCCUCGCCAGCUUCCUGCAGUUCUCAGUCUUCUAUUACCAAUACGAGGUUCCAGGGUCUCGCUGAAGGCUCAGGGGUGGUGAUUCUUCCCCUGCCUGCUCAGCCGCUGGGAGCUUUGCCUGGCUUGUUAAUUAACUCCCAGCAAGUUGCUACUUUUUUACCUUUUGGGUUAAAAAAUAAACUGAGCUUGGAGGAAAAGUC